ACAGAAUCCGCUGUAGCAUCUUCACGACUGUUAACUUGUUAACGGAAGGCUUCGAACAGAAAUUCUCCUCGACGAUUUCUUUCCGGCCAGUCGUCCUCUAAGAAGAAGGGCGUUUGGAUGUCAAUGGAUAGCGGUGGGAAUCUUACUGAUAUGAACUUAACCCACUGGGAUAAUGGUUCUGGUUAUCAAUCAGCCUCUGGACAGUUUAGUGACCAUAUAUGUGGCCCUGAGAACACCGGGAUUUUUAGUCUUGUUGAGAAAAAUAUCUUGUCUUUAGGUGAUGGAAAUUUGAAUAAGAGAAAAAGGGAGUUCGAUAAUCAUUUUCGAAAUGAUUCGAUAGUUAGUUUGCCUAUGUCUAAAGAUCCCAAUUAUUGGAAUGCUGGAGGUAGUGGAGUUAGAGAAGGUCUAAUCCAUGAAGUUGAGAGCAGUUUUCCCAUUUCUAUGGAGCAUCUUUACGGAACUGAAAAUGGCAAUGCCAUGUCUAUUUGCCCUAGCUACAACAUGCGUGGGAGUUUAGUUAUGCCGGGUGCUUUUCGCAAGAAACAACAUGAGCAUUUUACUCCAGUACGUACCAAUUAUGAUAUCGGGGCAUUCUAUUUUACUUCUGGUGAUCACAUUCGUCAAAAGUUGGAUGUUUCUGUUGCAUCAAGAGGAAUCACCAACCGUGAAGAGAAUAACCUCCAACAAUUGGAUCAAGGUUAUGAAAAUGGUGAGGGAACAGCAACAUCUGCUAUGGGCUCUCAGAACAGGCCCGGGGGUACUAAUCAUUCCGGCUAUCUCAUGCCCAACCGUGAUUUGUUAUUAAGUCCAUCUUUACCAGAUGGUUCAGAGGUACUGACUGAGAAAAGUACCAAAGAACGUUCUGCUUAUCAAACUGUGACUGUUUCUCAAACAAAUACCAUUACAGUGGAUAAUGUGACUAAGAAGGUUGAAAAGGAAGCCAAGAAGAAUUCUCCGAAUAACUUCCCUUCCAAUGUCAAAAGCCUGAUGUCCACGGGUAUCUUAGACGGUGUGCCUGUGAAGUAUGUUUCGUGGUCGAGGGAGAAAAGUCUCCGAGGAAUCAUUAAAGGGACAGGUUACCUCUGCGGUUGUGACGAUUGCAAAAUGAACAAGAAUGUGAAUGCUUUCGAAUUUGAGCGCCAUGCUGGUUGCAAGACAAAGCACCCUAAUAAUCAUAUUUACUUUGUGAGUGGGAAGACAAUUUAUUCGGUGGUGCAAGAUCUGAAGGGAACCCAACAAGAAAUGCUGUUUGAAGCAAUUAAGAAUGUCACCGGAUCGCCCAUCAAUGUAAAGAAUUACCGUGUUUGGAAAGCAUCAUACCAAGCUGCUACACGUGAGCUUCAGCGAAUUUAUGGAGAGGAAAUAUAAUGCAGCAAUGCCAUCUAAAUAUGCCGAAUUGGAUGUCUCGCCAAUUGCUAUGUUGGAGCAGCCUUUCAGUUCAUAGAUUGUGUUUGAGAUUUACGAUUUCUGUUGUUGUUGAAUCAUUGUAUAUAUUUUGAUUUUAAACAACAAUUGACUUAUUUCUAGAUUUAUGAUU